AUGUCGUUUGAUUCGAUCUCUUCGAGCGCCCUGGGAUGUUUUCCCAGGCGUGCGCACACCAUUACAGCUCCUGAUGAAGCGCACAACUAUAUGGUCACGGUGUACAUGCACUGUUUCAAUCCUGAAGACCAGAAUGAUCGUGUAUGUAUCGACCUGCACAAGCGCUCCACCACUGAGGAGCUCAUCGAGCGAGUGAUCUCUCAACGUCAAGACUUGGUUGGACAAUCUGCUGAGGACUUUGACAUUUUCGAGAUGAUGGUGACGCCGGAUGGACAGGCCUCAAAAGAACGCCGACUAGAUCGUGGCGAAUACCCGGUUGCUGCCCAGUUGAUUUGGAGUCGAAUGCCGGGUGGCGAACAAACGGUCAGCAACUAUCGCUUUGUGUUCAGGCAUAAAGGAGCCCGUACAGGAUCGUCAUGUACCCGGUUUGGUUCAGCAGAAGCUGCCAGUACAAUCGACUCGUUUCUUUCGAGAUUUCUUCAACAGCCUCAUGAUCGAGAAUAUGCCGACCUAUGUAUGCUCCCCGAAUUGACUGAACAGACCCUGCUCGACAAUCUCAGGGAUCGAUUCAAUAGUGGCCACAUUUACACCUAUAUUGGACCAAUUCUUGUCGCUGUUAACCCGUUCAGGUGA